GGUUUGUAGUUUGAAUGCGCCGGGCCGCUCCACGACUACGGGUCCCAGGGAUCCGCGGGCGGGCGCGGUCAGGUGGCGUCCAACAUGGCUUCCCCGUGCCGGCCCCGGCUGUAGCGCUGCCGCGGGGGCUGCGGGGCGCCUCAGGGCCGCCAUGCAGAAGAUCAAGUCGCUGAUGACCCGGCAGGGUCUGAGAAGUCCUCAGGAGAGUGUUCAUGACCUCAGUCCUAUUGAAAACCUCCGGUUUCCAACUAAGGAGGAACUCAGAGAAUCAUGGGAAGAACCAACUGAUCCUCAAGCUCAGCAAGAAAUAAUUAAUAGCAUUGAAGAAGUUUAUUUUUCCAAUGAUGCCUUUGAUAUUGUGAAGUACGAAUUAGAGAGGCUUCCUCCAGUCCUUAGUCUUCAAGAACUGGAAGAAUAUCGAGACAAAUUAAAACAACAGCAAGCUGCUGUAUCUAAGAAAGUUGCAGACUUGAUUCUUGAGAAACAACCUGCCUAUGUUCAGGAACUUGAACGUGUUACAUCAUUGCAGAACGGCCUUCAGUUGGCAGCUGUUAUUUGUGCAAAUGGAAGAAGGCACCUGAAUAUUGCAAAGGAGGGCUUCACACAAACCAGUUUGGGACUUCUUGCAAAUCAAAGGAAAAGACAGUUGCUUAUUGGACUACUGAAGUCUCUGAGGACAAUAAAAACACUGCAAAGAACUGAUGUGCGUUUAAGUGAGAUGCUGGAGGAAGAGGACUAUCCAGGAGCUAUUCAACUGUGUUUGGAAUGCCAGAAAGCUGCCAGCACUUUCAAACACUACAGUUGUAUAAGUGAGUUGAAUUCAAAACUGCAAGAUACUCUGGAACAAAUAGAGGAACAACUGGAUGUAGCGCUCUCCAAGAUAUGUAAGAACUUUGAUAUCAGUCACUAUACAAAGGUUCAGCAGGCUUACAGGCUGCUUGGGAAAACCCAGACAGCAAUGGACCAAUUACAUAUGCACUUCACUCAAGCUAUUCACAACACCGUGUUUCAAGUAGUUCUUGGAUACGUGGAGCUUUGUGCGGGAAACACAGACACCAAGUUUCAGAAGUUACAAUACAAAGACCUCUGUACACAUAUUACAUCAGACAGCUACAUUCCAUGCCUUGCUGAUCUCUGCAAAGCCCUUUGGGAAGUCAUGCUCAGCUAUUACCGAACGAUGCAGUGGCAUGAGAAUCAUGAUCAAGAUGAGGCAGCAACUGUGUCUUCUGUUUCAGAUGGCAGCAAUGUGGUUGGAACUGAGGAGAACAGUUUUGACCGCAGCUAUGUGAAAAAGAAAUUGGAACAUGGGCUUUCACGAAUAUGGCAGGAUGUUCAACUGAAAGUGAAAACAUAUCUUCUGGGAACUGAUCUGUCUAACUUCAAAUAUGAUGACUUCAUAUUUGUACUUGAUGUUAUCAACAGGCUGAUGCAAGUUGGAGAAGAGUUUUGUGGCAGUAAGUCUGAAGUUUUGCAAGAAUCUAUCAGAAAACAAAGCGUUAACUAUUUCAAAACGUACCACAGAACCCGUCUUGAAGAAUUAAGAAUGUUUUUGGAGAAUGAGACCUGGGAACUUUGCCCUGUUAAAGCAAGCUUUAGCAUUUUGCAGCUUCAUGAAUUUAAAUUCAUGGAGCAGUCACGUUCCCCAUCUGUGUCACCUAGUAAGCAGCCUGCUUCAGCAAUUUCAACAACGGUAACUUUAUUUGAGCAGUACUGUAAUGGAGGAAACCCAUUUGAAAUUCAGACUGACAGCAAAGAUGAUGAGACAGAAGAUGUGUUAGCUUCCAAUGGGUAUGAAUCUGAUGAACAAGAAAAAAGUGCCUAUCAAGAGUAUGAUAGUGACAGUGAUGUUCCUGAAGAGUUGAAAAGAGACUAUGUAGAUGAGCAGACAGGAGAUGCCCCUAUGAAGAGUGUUUCUCGAGAAACCCUGAGGAGCAGAAAGAGAUCAGAUUAUAACCUCAAUAAAGUGAAUGCACCUAUCCUGACAAACACUACACUCAACGUAGUAAGGCUUGUUGGGAAAUACAUGCAGAUGAUGAACAUUCUCAAGCCAAUUGCGUUUGAUGUCAUCCACUUCAUGUCCCAGCUCUUUGACUACUAUCUGUAUGCAGUCUAUACAUUUUUUGGGCGAAAUGACACGUUUGAAUCGACGGGAUUGGGCCUCAGUAGUAGCAGAUUACGCACCACGUUGAACAGAAUCCAGGAGAGCCUCAUUGAUCUAGAGGUCUCUGCUGAUCCCACAGGAACUCUCACAGCUGCUGAAGAGAGAAAGGAGAAGGUGCCAAGCCCACAUCUCAGUCAUCUAGUCAUUUUGACAUCUGGCAAUUCACUCUAUGGUUUGGCAGAGAGAGUGGUAGCCACGGAAUCCUUGGUAUUUCUGGCUGAGCAGUUUGAGUUUCUUCAGCCUCAUCUUGAUGCAGUGAUGCCAGCUGCCAAGAAGCCUUUUCUUCAGCAAUUCUAUUCUCAGACUGUGUCAACUGCCAAUGAACUGCGCAAACCAGUUUAUUGGAUUGUUGCUGCUAAAGCCAUUGAUUAUGAACAGAUGUUGCUUCUCAUGACUAAUGUAAAAUGGGAUGUGAAGGAAAUCAUGUCACAACACAAUGUAUACGUAGAUUCUCUUUUAAAGGAAUUUGAAGAAUUUAACAGAAGGUUGAAUGAGGUAUCUAAGAGAGUCCGUGUUCCACUGCCAGUCUCAAAUAUACUUUGGGAGCACUGCAUACGUUUGGCCAAUAGAACUCUUGUGGAAGGUUAUGCUAAUGUGAAGAAAUGCAGCAACGAAGGACGUGCUUUGAUGCAACUGGACUUUCAACAAUUCUUAAUGAAACUAGAAAAGUUAACAGACAUUAGACCUAUUCCAGAUAAAGAAUUUGUGGAGACCUACAUUAAAGCGUAUUACUUAACAGAAAAUGACAUGGAGCGCUGGAUAAAAGAACACAGGGAGUAUUCCACUAAGCACUUGACAAAUCUGGUGAAUGUUUGUCUGGGGUCUCACAUCAACAAGAAGGCAAGACAGAAGCUACUAGCUGCUAUUGAUGACAUAGACAGGCCUAAAAGAUAACUGGAGAGAGUUACUUUCCGUGUGACUUGUACCUUUUUCUGUUCAUGUGAAGCAUGCAGACAAAUGACAAAUGGACUAAUGACAACAUUGUCUUAAAAACCAUUGUGCAUGACCUUUCUUGUCAGCAUUGGAGACACUCUGAAUUGGCAUAACGUUCUAAAAUACUACUUUUUUUAGCCUGUAAGAAUCUUUUUCUGAUGUAUUUUUCCGUUUUUUGUUACUUGCUCUUAGGAAAGGGCCACUCUCUGUGUAUCACUGGUGAGCUGUAUAUUUUGAAAAACUGUAUACUGUAAGUAAAACCAAAAUCAGAGAGGAACACAUUGGCUUAACAUAUAGUUGAUGCUCUUUUUUAAUAAAAGGGCUAUUUGAAAAUAUGACAUUUUCCUCACUGCUUUUCCCCUCAGAAUUUGUGCUUUGUUAUGGACUAGUGUAAAAUGAAAGAAAAUGUACAACAUCUUUGAACAACAUAUCUUGCAUGUGAAUUAAGAAUAUAGAUCAAUUUAAUACACUCAUGUUGAUGUCUCUCAUCAUUAUGUGUAUUUAAAAAUGUUUAUUUCAGAAUUAAUAUAGUCUUAUCAAAAUUAUUGACUUCAGAUCGGUGGAAGGUAAUAAAUACUGUACACUAAUAUGCGUUAUUUGUGAGACUUUAUUUACCUAAUUUUACCAUGCAAAAUGACACUUAUUAUAAAAAUGAGUAUUGUUCCUCUCACGUCACUUCUCUUUUGUACCCCUACUGGUCGUUCCUGUUCCAAAAGCAAUAAUGCCAGAGGAUAAUGGAUGUUUUCUGGUUGAAUUUUUGGAUGGAUAAUCUUACUAUUUUCUGCUCUGAUAUAGACUCCUAGAAUGAUUCUGAGCAUGUCAAAAUUGCCUGGCUGGGUAUUUGUCCUAGAAAUUGAUUUGUCAGAGCAUCAUUGACCACUGAGGCUUGCAGAUUUGCCGUCAGCAGAAGAACCUGCAUUCUGAGCACAUUUCUACUUUCCUUGCGAUAUUCCUUGUACACGAGAUGCUUGGGGACUGCUCAAAUACUGUCAUAGCAAAAGCAGAAAAACUCCCACGGCGAUCUGAAUUAACUUAAAUAAAGACUAUAUUCAUUAAGAUUUUUCUUAUACA